CUUGGAAUAAGUGAACGAUGUUACCCUCUCUGCAAAGUGCAUCUCCAAGAGAAUUUGUCAGUAUGUCCAACCGGCCUCACAACCACAACCAUAACCAUGCCAGCCCAGGACCUCCACAUCUGGCUUCUUCACCUGCGGGAUCGUCUGAGACCAGCCACCGGACAGUUGAUGAAACUGAGGCAUAUUUUUGUCUGUAAUAAAGCCGUUUUGUGGAGAAAAACUAGUUCUGAUUGGGUGGGCCUGUUUCCCAACUGACUGCACCCCUGUCCUGUCAUGUGAAAUCCAUAGAUUAGAGCCUAAUUUAUUUAUUUCAAGUGACUGAUUUCCGAACUGUAACUAGGUAAAAUCGUUGAAAUUGGUGCAUGUUGCAUAAAAAAAAUUGUUCAGUAUAUUUAACCCCUUUUGUUAUGGCAAGCCUAAAUAAUAAGUAUUUUGAAUUCAGGCUGUAACACAACAUGUGGAAUAAGUCAAUAGGUAUGAAUACUAACUGAAGGCACUGUAUUUGAGAGCUGUCAUUCACUGGCAUCUCACUAUGGAGUACUUUCUAGGUCAGGGAUGGGCAACUGGCCCCAUUUAGAAUGGUAGAAUUCACAAGGUGCAAUUUUGAAAUUUGGUUGUGCAUCAGUAGCUUUUCACUUGUUAUGCCUGUCACUGACAGUCAGUCAAUUAUCCCAUGUCAGCUACUAUUUUUUAGAUUGGUAAGUUAGCUGGGGAGACUAUCUAAACUUCUAGUAAUCAUGGUCAUAUUACCGACCAGGAAGCCCCCAUUGAUUUUGUUAGUCACUGUCAUUCAGAUAUCAUAUUAAAAACUGCAAAUAUUUCUUCCCUCCCCAUGGCAAAAAUGUGUUGAAUUUUAUAUAUAGGAAAUGAGUUACAGUAUAAAUUGCCAAAUCUUCUCUCCGCCUCAUGGCAAAAUGAGUAGAAUUACAGGAAAUUAACUCAAACUUUUAUUCUCUCUGCUGUCAAGAGGGGAGCCAGUAAAAUGUUUUGCCCGCAAGGUAGGGAUGGGGGGGGCAACAAAAUGUAACUUAGGGCCAGCUCUGUAUUCAUGUGGGAACGCAGACAUGUGAACCACUGCGGCCCCUCAUGAUGAGUUCAGAUUUUGUGGUCCCCACCCCGAUCGAAGUGGCCCAUCCCUGUUCCAGGUUAUACACUGUUGGCUGACUUGUCUCUUCACUCUCUGUAGACUCCCUCCGCUGCUGGACAGUCACAGUCAGUGUGAGGAGAAUGAUGAGACAAUGAGUGACGUAUCCAUAUCUAGUGCCCUACACUUAAGACCCCAUAGUCAACUCAAUUAUCCAGAAGUCCUCAACCAGAGCAGGAUGGCCAAUAGAGAGCCACACGGCAGCCAAGAAGAACCACCGUCAAGAUCCAGCCCAAACUGGCCACCCCAGGGACUAUGUGCUGGCUACAGCCCCCAGACACCCUACCCCGGACAGGAAGAGUUGUGUCUAAGUGCCCUGGACGACCAGAGGUACGCCUGGCUGAAAUCCAGCUUUGCCAACAACAGCGACGGACGCACUGGAGGGCAAUACCCAGACAGCCUGCCAUCCUACUCAUACCCACACUGUGCAGACUUUGCCAGUUGCCCAGUAGAGGAGGGCUAUCAUGACCAGGGUAAAUCCCACCACUCACUUCCUGGGCGAUACAGCCCCAGCAUCAGUAGCCUGGAGCAGCCAUACUCUCUGCUCUCCUGCCCACCAGAGGCUGCUCUCCGCUACCCUUUCCUUCCCCCGUACCCUUACCCAACUCAGGGCCCGGUCUGCUGUGCACAGUGCCCUGCACAGGGGCUCGGAAUGGGCCCUGUCGUACAGCUCGUUCCAAGGCCAAGUUACCGUCCACCCUACUAUGGUCCGGACCACUGCAGACAUCAAGAUGCAGCUGGCACCACUCAAAGUGAGAGCUUUGUCCCCCAACACAGACAAAGUGACAGACCGGGGAGUAGUACACAGCUGUCAUUGGAGCAAAGAAAGGUCUUUGUCACCUAUGAGAGAGACAGCGACAACCAUUUUAAAGAGACCAUGAACUUUGUUUCCCUGCUGCGUCACAACGGCUUUGACACUAGUGUGGAUGUAUUUGAGCAGCAGCUCAUAAGUAUUAGCGCCAUUGACUUCAUGGAAAAAUACAUCAACGAGAAAUAUUACCUUAUCAUCAUUGUUAUCAGUCCCAAGUAUCAUGAGACUGUAACGGGGGCUAAUAUCUAUAUGGAGAAAGACGAGAGGAUGUUACACACAGUCUAUAUCUAUAAGCAGCUGCAGAAUGAGUUCAUUCAGAAUGGAUGCCAGAACUUCAGAUUCAUUCCCAUACUGUUUCCAGGAGCUAAAAAGUGCCAUGUUCCUGCCUGGCUCCAGAACACUCUAGUCUACACCUGGCCAAAGGACAGAGACGACAUCCUACGUCGACUGAUGAGAGUGGAGAAGUACAACCCUCCGCCUGUUGGGGAGCUACCCACCAUCGUCUCCACCCCCCUCUAGAACCACAGCCUGUUGGGUUUACUUUACAGUGAAGUCCAGUCAUGCUGUUUUUCCAUCAGGACUGGGUCCUAAUACCAGCCUUUUUUGGGGUGAAGGCACUAGUGUUUUUGUAGGGAAUUUGUGUUUCCAUAGCUAUGGCUGAGUGACACAAAGUUGUGAAGCACAUAAUCAACAACCUCUGAAUACUCUUGUCUUUUGGGAACAUCUGUUGCAGUAUUCUGCCCAGGGAGGUUGCAAUAAAUUGGAUUUGAUUGAUAUUUA